UUCUCGGAAACACGGAACGGUUUUAGUGUGACACCAAAAUGGCCGCGCACUAGAAAGUGGUCAAAUCGUUUAAAUAGUAUACGAAGGGUCAUGCUGUCUCCGUUUGUACAGAAACAACAACAACUAUAAUUUGUCACCAGAAUUAAAGGUAUUUUGUAUAGCAGUCAAAUGGCUUUGUUCAGCGAUGUUUGCCGUAGUGUUCGCACGCUGCUGGGUCAAUGUCAGCGAUCGACGGCUGCAGCGGCGUGGACUCACUGUCAAUCAUCUCGUAAUUACAGUCAGACAGCACCUGAGCCAGAACCAGUGAUUAGUGAUAAUGAAGCCAUCAAUAAAACAUUUGUUAACCGAAACCCAAGAAACCUGGAACAGAUGGCCCUGGCAGUGAAGGAUCGAGGCUGGGCUACAGUGUGGCCCUCCAGACAAUAUUAUCACAGGUUGGUGUUCAGGCGCACACAGCAUCAUAUCACAGCUGAGGUAUACUCGAAUGACUCAGUAGAUCCAGUGCUGUCCUGCUCCACGAAGGAGUGGGCAUUGAAGCGUGAGCUGAGCUCCACACGCUCUGUAGCAGCUUGUCGUGCCGUAGGUGAGGUGCUUGCUCAGCGGUGUUGUGAAGCAGGCAUCACACGCAUUGUUUAUCGAGAGGUACCGUGGAAGUUUCGAUCAGAGUCGAAUCAGACAUUCUGGACAGCCAUGAAAGAGGGUGGCGUCGUGCUUGGUGAACCAAGGCGAAAAUUCAUUUGAGUUGCAGCAACAUUUUUUUUUCUUUCUUUUUAUCAUUACUGUUCUGAAAUGUGGCAUUUGUCUGUAAAUAUAAAUAUUCUCACAUUCAAACUGUGUAUUUAUUGAGUCGAUUACAGAAG